CAGCCUCCAGAAUCCUGGGACCAUCCGGCCGAGUCAGCACUAACCGGCGGGAUUCGCAUCGCGGUGUGGUAUCCUGGUCUGCGUCGAGGUUCUGGAAAAUCCCCGAAAUUGCCAAUCCUGCAGGAAGGGAGGCAGCGCAUCCAUCGAGUCUUACGAUGGGGCUCGGCCCCAGGGUGGCAGACAGGAAGACGCCAGUGGUGAGUGCAGACGUGAGAAGCGACUGGCAGCGUAAAAAUGCUUCAACGUGUCUGUCGGCUUUGUCAUCUAUCUAUAUAUUGCCCCCUGCUCUGCGCGCUCCACUUCGCGCAACCAGUAGAACGUGAUCCAGCACAGCAACCAGACCGCACCCACUGCACAUACAUUGUUCCUUAACAAUGCUCAACCGAACCACGACCAUCCCCGCCGCCCUGCUCUCCAUCGGUCGCCGGCGGAUCGGCGGCUCCAUUGUCGGCCGAAGACAGCCGAGUCGCUUCCUCGCGACGACGGGGGGAUCGCCCCUGCAAGAGUACUUCGUGGUCGUCUUCAACAAGAAGAACGCAGUCGGGGCGGCCCCGCCGUCGCCCUCCAUCCAGUUCCAGAACCCGGAUAUCGUCCUCACCUUCGCGGGGGAUAUGUUGGCGUCGCCGGCUCCGGUCUCGGAGGCGGAUCCCGUGGGGACCCUGGGCGCGUGCUUUGCGUGUCAGGCGCCAAGUGAGGAGAGUGUGUUGCAGGCAAUUCAGGCGCAUGAGAAUGCGGUCAAGGGCUUGUGGGAUGUUGAGUCGGUGGAGAUAUCGGCGUUGGAGACGAUUCACACGGGGGACUUUGAGCGGGAGAGGCAAUAGAUGAUUUGGGGGGUGGGAAUGAGGGCUUUGGUGUGGUGUUGCUGGCUUCUGGGUGCAAUGAUGAGGAGCAAGGGCUUUGGUUAUGGUACUGGUGUUGGUUUGUAGGACUUACGUGGGAGCAGGGUUUUUAGUAGCGGAGGUUUGGAGCAUCUGAACUGUGUUAUACUCUAUCUUGAAGUUUUCUGGUGUUCAUUCUUGGUAUGAAGUAUAGAUCUGAUCCUUAUGAGGUAGCCCUAACUGAUGCACCCCCCCUAGAGACGUCUGAUAUCGAGCUGGAAA